AUGCCUCCACGCAAGAAGCAGAAGACCGCGGCAACCCCGUCGCAAGAACCACCACAGCCCACACCUACCGUCCGCGAGAUAGAUUACGACGCGAUAGUUACAGACCCAUGGACAGACGAACAAGAGACAUCAUUGCUAAAAGGAAUAAUACACUGGAAGCCCGUGGGGAUGCACAAGCACUUCCGCAUGCUUGCUAUAUCGGAUUAUAUGAAGAGUCAAGGAUAUGCGACGCCGAAUGAUCAGCAUACGCGAAUACCAGGAAUAUGGAAGAAGCUAGGGACUUUGUAUAAUCUAUCAGCGUUGGAUGAUAGGGAAGAGCCAAUAUCUACGGAGGAAUCUGAAGAUGCAGAACAACCCCAAGAGCUUUAUUGCCCGUUUAGUUUACCCGAAGGUGAGUUUGGAGACAUGAUGUGGGAUCGAAGGUUAAAUCCAGAGGGCUCUGUAUCUCCAUCCGUUAGCGGGAGGGCAACUUCGAGACGACCUAGCACCAUUGCAGAUACGGAUGAACCCCGUUCAUCCCCAGCACCAUCCCGAGGUAGCCGACGAGGAGGUCGGGCGAAGCGUCAACCUAGGGGAGGCACGCGCUCUUCACGGCUCCAGGUCGAGGUGGAGUCUAACAGAGAUGCUGCCAGUGAGAAAGGUAGCGCCAACGAGGAGGACGGGGAGGAAGAGGACACUGAGGCAGGCAGGGACGGUAGUGAGGACGAAGGUGAUGGAGACUCGAAGGUAGCGGAAUCUCCUGCCCCAAGAGCUACGAGGAUGCAGUCUACGCGCGGAAAGCCGAAGGGAAGGCCCGCGUCAAAAAGAGGGGGUAGACGGCGAUGA